CGAAAGGAGCAUCGAGAGUAUCGUAUCACCUUAACCAUCGAUAAGUAUUGUCGAUGUUUUAUAAUCUACCUGACACGCACACAUACGCAAUAAUUGCUUUAUAUUUUAGAUCAUCUUGGACAGAAAGAUCGGAUCGCGCAAUCGUUGACAACUUUUUCGUAAGCACAUCGAUGUUUUAAGUCAUGUUAACAUUUAGUUUGUGAUUACGCGAAGAAAUAAUACAUAAUAUGAACAUAUUGUAACAGCUGAGGAACAAAUGAUAUAUAUAAGAUAUUUAUACAAACCUUGCAUACCUAAUUAUUUAAUUAAUAUUAAUGUUAAAUCAAUAUUAAAAUCCCAGAGACAAAGAGACAAUUAGUUAGUAUGUAUGUACUAAUACCAAGAAUCUAUAGAAUAAGAUUUGGAUUUAAAUAUUGGAAGAUGUUUAUUAUACCAACGUGUCAGUAAACAAUUUAAGCUUUUAUCUGAAUGAUUAUAUAUAAAUCAACACAAUUUAUCACGCUAUAAAAAUAUACGAUAUAAAAGCAUAACAUGGCAGGUAAUGGGUCUAUCAUAAUACCAAGCAUAAAACAAUUACAUGAGAAUGAUCAUGUAUCUACUACAAAUGUAGAUUACUCUAGCAUUAGAGGAAAGAAUGUUUUAGUUAGUCCAUCGGAGGAUCAAUAUGAAUUGUUACUUAGACGCUUAAGAGAGAGAGUUCAAGAUGGUGGCAGUGAAACAAUUUUUGAUAUUGGUAUCGGCGAAGACGGUUCAGAGGAUGGUUUAAAAGAAGAUGAAUAUGAAGCAUCUGUUGCUACUUUACAGUCUCUUGCUGCAACGUUAGAAGCAGACUGUGUACUUCUACGUCAAAGUAAAAUAGAUCAAGGUCUUAUAGGUCAAUAUCUGGUGCGGAGGCGAUUAGAUAGGCAGGAUUUCCUAGAAAUCAGAGUGGCUGUUGUUGGCAAUGUUGAUGCUGGAAAAUCAACACUUUUGGGUGUAUUGACACACGGAGAGCUCGAUAAUGGUCGAGGCUUAGCGCGUCAAAAAUUAUUUCGACAUAAACACGAAGCCGAAACAGGACGUACUAGUUCCGUUGGAAACGACAUUCUUGGAUUUGAUAGCGUUGGUAAUGUAGUAAAUAAACCAGAGCAUGGAUCCCUGGAUUGGGUUAAAAUAUGUGAGAAGUCAUCCAAAGUUAUUACAUUCAUUGAUCUUGCUGGACAUGAAAGAUAUUUAAAAACAACUGUUUUUGGAAUGACAGGGCAUGCCCCUGACUUUGGUAUGUUAAUGGUUGGAGCAAAUGCUGGUAUUGUUGGAAUGACAAAGGAACAUCUAGGUUUAGCUUUAGCUCUAUCAGUUCCAGUAUUUGUUGUAGUUACGAAAAUUGACAUGUGUCCACCAAAUAUAUUACAAGAAAAUUUAAGGCUGUUAAUAAGGAUCUUAAAGUCCCCGGGUUGUAGGAAAGUACCCGUUACGGUAAAAACGUCUGAUGAUGUUGUCGUUAGCGCUACUAAUUUUGUAUCAGAACGAUUAUGUCCUAUUUUUCAAGUAUCGAACGUAACAGGAGAAAAUUUGAAUCUUCUUAAGAUGUUUCUAAAUUUGUUAACUGCAAGAAUGAUUAGUCAUGAAGAUGAACCAGCAGAAUUCCAAAUAGAUGAUACAUACUCAGUACCAGGAGUUGGUACCGUAGUUUCUGGCACAACAUUGAAAGGUGUCAUUAAGCUAAACGACACUUUAUUAUUAGGGCCUGAUCCUUUAGGUCGUUUUAUUCCAAUUGCAGUAAAAAGUAUACACAGGAAGAGAAUGCCUGUUCGUGAAGUGAGAGGUGGUCAAACUGCUAGUUUUGCAUUGAAAAAAAUUAAAAGAUCACAAAUUAGAAAAGGUAUGGUAAUGGUUGCACAAGCAUUAAAUCCUCAGGCUUCUUGGGAAUUCGAGGGGGAAAUUCUUGUAUUACAUCAUCCUACAACGAUAAGUUCUUGUUACCAAGCAAUGGUACAUUGCGGAAGCAUAAGGCAAACAGCAUCCAUAAUUUCUAUGUCGCAAGAUUGUUUAAGAACAGGAGACAAAGCUUUAGUACGUUUUAGAUUUAUAAAGCAUCCUGAAUAUAUAAAACCAGGACAAAGAAUAGUAUUUAGAGAAGGGCGUACUAAAGCAGUGGGCAAUGUAGUGAAACUUAUUCCAUAUUCUAGUACCGCAGUCAUACAAACAUGUAGAGCCAAUAAACCGAAUAAAACAUCCCAAAAUCGACAGAGCUCAUCAUCUACGAUGCAAUCAUUAGAUACAACCGAAACAAAUUCUUCAUUAGAAGGACAGACAUCAAAGCAAGAAAAUUUGCUUCAAAAAUCUAAUAAACGACAAAAUAAAAAAGGGAGAGGACGAAAAGGAGGACGAUCUCAUAAUACUGCAAAUAGUAUUAUUCAACCACUGUCAGAACAAAAUCCUCCUACAAAAUUGUGAACCGUGUUUAUGUACAAAGCACUUAACAUGUGUAUAUAUAUAAGUAUAUAUAUACACACACUUAUAUACUUAUAUCACACACGCGCGCGCGCGCACACACACACACACAUCCUAUACAUAGAGCUUAUUUUGCAACUUUCGAAAAUUAAUAACAAACAUCUUUUUAUUCAUAAGAGAUCGUUGUUUUUUUAAUAAUGUAAAUUCAAACGAAAUUUACAGAUAUUUUUUAGUUAAUUUUCGAGAACUGUAAAGAGAGUAUACUGUUUAUAUAUAAAACAUAUUAUUUUAUAUAUAAACAUAUAUUAUUUUAGUAGUUAUUUAUAUUAAAACAUAUAUAAAAUUAUAACGUAUAAUAAUGACAACUUUAUGUAGUUUGGGGUUACUUGUAUCCGUAAGGAUCGUGAUUUUUCACCUUGAAGUAUAAAAGUAACCCCUGAACUGUUUCAUAUAACGCACAUCGUGCUCUCAACCCUAUUAGAGUACAAAUCGUCUUUCACAUUUUGACUAAAUUAUCAAAAAUAUAGAAAUGUCGUUUUUAGAACGAUAAAAUGACAAAAUAUACGUUGUUAUUCAUAAAGUGUUUUAUUUUUAUAAACACAAGUGUAUCUUAAAAUAGUAUUAAGUAAAUAUAAUCUAUAUAUAAAAGAUA